GACGCCGCGCUUCAGCCAAGGGCAGGAGAGUGACCCGGAAAUGAGACGAAGCCGAGAUGUCAUCAACGUGUUCGUUUAAACUAUUAUUAAUAAUAAUUAUUAUUAUUUUUCUUAUCCAUCGCAUUAAGUUCCAAUUACCGAGUUAAUUUAGUACAACGCAGUUGCAGGCAUUUCUUUUUUUUAAACAAAAUAUUCCACGUAACGAGUCGUGGCCGCAAUCGAGGGCGGGCCAUGGCGCCCAGAUUGAUGAAUCAGACUGCGGGAGAAAAUCCGAUGAGCUAUAAAGCUCUUGCGUUCACAGAUGUCCAGUUGGGGCGGCCAAUUAUCGAGUGAUACACGCGGGACGAAAACGAGCAUCAACAGCGUGCGAGGAGGUGCCAACACUGUCCCGUCGAUGGAACAGAUGGGGAUUAGUCCACGCCUGCUGUGCCGCCGUCUCCUGGCGAGCUGGGGCGUGGCACCUCGACGCCCGCCUGGACAGGAAUUUCACGACAUUUGCGUGAUCCACCAACUCUAGACCCCCACAGUGCUGGGUUACAGGGCCACGUGCGUAAGCCACCGCCAGCCGCCCGGGUUUUGCUGUUGCACGUGAAUGUGCCUUAGUGGUUUAGUGCGUAAAUGUGUUUCUUCGUGCGUAGCUUCGCCGGCCAAGUCGUAAAUUAUAAAAAUAUGGAAAUUGUGUUGUGCUCUUGCGGAACAACUGACGAUGGUUUGGCACUGAACUUAUGCAAACUGUGCGACCUAUGAACAUAUUAAAUGAACAUAUUAAAUGCGCGGGCGUAUGCACCGCAGUGGCUGUGUUUCGUAUCGCUUCAGUGACGGGUCUUCUGGCAGUAGGGGUUCCCACUUUCAGUAAUUUGCGAAUUGUAAAAUGAUGUUUUGGUAAAUUUGGACGACAAUGGCUUACUCUUGCGAAUGACGUCACUGGAUCUUUUACGUCUAUGGUGAAACGAAAGCCGCGUGUUUGUAGUAUUAACCAGGGGGGCAUGCCGAAUUCACACCGCGAUAACCGCACGGGAAUCCGAUAAGCUAUGCAGCUCUUUUCACAGAUGUUCAUUAGGGGCGUCUCAGAACGUUUCCACAACAAACAAUACUGAAACACGAUCGGAGUACAACGUAGAGGAAAGAGUGCUGCGGUGCGGAUGCGCUUUGCUGUACAUAAAGAACCCGUUUUCCUGAACGGGGAAAAUAAACAUCCUCUAUGACGAAAGAGCUUUAGGUAAAUAAAAGUAUCCACUGUUAAUUGUGAACAAAACAAUGAGACCUUGCCCGGCUUUGCAAUUUCGGUCAUCAUUCGUGCGCUGCAGACUCGUGUUAUUGGGCAUGAAACAAAAAGCGAAUAGCAUUAUAUUUGGCUCAGAAACACUCUAUUCGUGAUGAGAAUCCAUGAUCGUAUUUCUAAAUCGCGCCUCUUUUCUUUUUUCGUGUGUGUGUCGGUCACGAUUCAUCUGCUCUACCCACUCGGCGGGCGCGUGGGGGAUGGGGGACGGACACGCGCGGAAUAAUAUGCGACGCGUGACGGCGGCUCGGAGUCUGCCUCCUGCCGCUUAUAAAGCCCUGCAAGGACAUCGCCCCCCGGUCGAUCGGCAAAGCCCUGGCCGAGCAUGGCUCCUCCUGCGAUUCGUGCUUGGAGCUUGGUGUGGAUCGUGUGGCAGACAUGUAUUUCUUUCUCCCAGGAGUCUGAACAGCAGAGGAGGGAUAUCGUGAAACGGUCAGGCAUGGAUGGACUGGAUGAGUUGAUAAAAGAGUCCAGCUAUGAUGGUAGACUCAGGCCUAACAUGUAUGGGUCCCCAGUUCUUGUCAACUGCAGCGUUCUAGUGAAGAGUUUUGGGCCUAUUGAAGAAAACACAAUGGACUACAUGAUGUUGAUAUACCUGCAGCAGAGCUGGAUUGACUCCCGCAUUGAGAGUAUUUACUCUGCCGGCCACUAUCAAAAGGACUUCUUGGACCUCGCCAACAACUACAUCGACACCGUGUGGACGCCCGACCUCUUCUUUGAAAACGAGAAGAGUGCAGCGUUCCAUAACGUCUCCGCGAAAAACAGGAUGCUGAGAAUAUUCAGAAACGGAGCCGUGUUCUACUCCAUAAGAUUGUCACUGACUCUCGCUUGUCCUAUGAACCUGGAAUAUUAUCCGUUGGACACCCAGGAGUGCAGAAUAAACCUGGAGAGCUUUGGAUACACGACUCAAGACCUAAUUUUCCAGUGGGAUGAGAACGAGCCUCUGGUUGUAGCUACAAACCUCUACACUCCUAAGUUCAAGCUGUCUAAUCACACAGAACUGGGCGACUGCUCCAAAGAGUACUUGACUGGUACGCAUUCUUGCAUCAACGCCACCUUCUAUCUGCACCGUGACAUGGGCUACUACCUCAUCCAGGUCUACUUUCCCAGCUGCCUCCUGGUCAUCAUCUCCUGGCUCUCGUUCUGGCUCAGCGUUGAAUCCACGCCGGCUCGCGUGAGCCUGGGGAUCACCACCAUCCUCACCGUCACCACGCAGAUGACCUCGGCGAAUGCCGCCCUGCCCAAGAUGUCCUACAUCAAAGCGAUGGACGUGUGGAUGGCCGCGUGCCAGGUGUUCGUGUUCGCUGCUCUUCUCGAGUCCACCGUGGUGAGCGUGACGAAGCAGCACGUCGUCAGUGGCAAGGCGGAGACCAGGGAUCAGGCCCGUGAGAGAUCGCUGGUGCGAUCCCGUCAAAUCGACUACAUUUCACGCGUCCUCUUCCCGCUGGCCUUCGUGAUAUUCCUCACCAUCUACUGGUUCUCUUACAAGAACACACCCUUCUUCGAUUAGCGCUGCAUCAAGAGAGAGUCCCUCCUCUGCUGGACAUACUCGACCGCGCCUUUCAAUGUUGAGCCAUACAACGCGCACAUUGCCCUCCACGUUUAAGUAAUGCAUUGCCACGAUGCGUUAAAAAAAAUGAAAUUACUGUGUGGCGGUCUGCGGACCGUGGCCCCCUUGGGCGAGGUAAUCUGUGGAUAAGAGGCGUUUUGUGCAAAGCGGCUCACGUGCAGCAUUUCGUGUGUGCAACCGCAUCGGUCUACAUAACCAAAGCGAUACCCAGGUUAAUAACCACAGCGAUACCCAGGUUCUCACCCCGGUUAAACAACAUUAACUUGACAGAACAUGGGCGAAUUACAGUGGGAUUUCGCCAUGUAUUGCUGUAAUAAAUGUGGCAACUGAAUCAUUAUCAUGGUUGUGGACAAUAUGAGUACUGUAGAGUAUAACAAAAUAAACGAGCAGAAAAUUCGCAUCGUUCACACAUCUAUCGCUCCAUGGAUAAAAAAAAACUAAUUUACUUAAACAUCCCAUCAGCCAUGCGGCCUUCUGGUAGUGCAUAAAUUAAGCUACAUGUAUUAAUUAAUCACAAACAUUGGUUAAUCACAAGCAAUGUAGGCACUACUUUCACCAUUCAGUGUCUCAUUUGGAUAGUCAGGCUUGACAUCCAGAGUUAGGCUUGUCCGGAAUUUAUGCUAGUGAACUGUCAGAUGUUUAGAUAUGGAUCUCGGUUCAAUGCAAAACGUAAUAACAUGUAACACAAUAUAGUAAUUGGCGUAGUUAUAGAGACUAUACGUAACAAAGACUCUGACGUUUCUAAAAGUGUUUGAAAUAGAUGGCAAUAUAUUCCCAUACUCAUCUGCUUGGGUUUUAACCAGAUCUAAAUCGUAUGACCAUAUUACUCAUACUAGCUUGUUUGCCCGGCCUAGGACGGAAGCUGGAAUAUUUACGAAAAAAACUGAGCAGAGUAUAAUUGUAUCAUGUGUAAAUUUAAUGGCUGUGAAUCUUGCACGAAAGUAUGUCA